CGGGGAGGCUCGAGGCUGCGGGAGGGCUCCCGCGGAUCCCACGUGCAUUUGCCCAGACCUCCUCUGUCAACUCCACCCGCAAGCAUCCCAGCGCACAUCGCACACCCAGGAGUUGUCCAGGGGCCACUUGGCUGCUGGGAAGCUGUGGACCUUUGGUCCUGGAAACCCACAUCCAGGGAAGCCUGGCACGCCACUGCCGGGGCGGCCGGGGUGGCAGGAUGAGCUGGUGAGCCGACUGAGCACCGAGGAGUGGGUCCAGCCAUCGUGGGGGACAUGGCACCUUGGGUCCGGAGGAAGCUGCGGGGCAAGAGGCGGCUGGUCAUGGCCUCCUGCCUCCUGAUGACGCUGUCUGUGCUGGCUGUCACCCGUUUCCCCGCUCAGCCUCAGGCCACCAUGGAGCCCCAGAGCGUCACCGGCACCCCUGGCCCCCACGCCCCGCAGGCGCUGAGCUCUCGCUGGAGGCAGUGGACAAGGAACCUGCGAUUCUGGAGAGGCUGGGCCCUGCCCACGAGCCCCGUCCCGGUGUGUGCUGAGGGGCAAGGCCACCGAGGGCGAGUGGACAGCAGCAGGUCCCCAGGAGGGGACAGCGGGCAUGUCCGGAGGGUCAAGAGGGAACUUGCUUUGGCAUCUCUCGGAGAUUUGAGACUCAGGACCCCGCGUCUUGUGCCCCUGAGGGAGGAUGAGGUCAGGAGUCCAGGAGUCAAAGACCUGCGACCCCCUUGGGAAGACGGUCCCAUCCGGGAGGCACAGAGUGACACAAGCGCCCUGGUCAGCCCCAUCACAGGGCACCAGAGAGCGGCUGCUGGACCGACCCUGCGGCCCCAUCCAGGGAGAGGCAGGGAUCUGCCAGAAGCUGGGAGCAGAGCCUUGACUGGUGGGCAGCAAGCAGGGAAUCCCAGCCCAGCCACGGGGACUCGUCGGUGGCCUGGCUCCGUCGGGGAGCUGCAGGGAUCCAUGUGGUGUGCCCCCGAGCCCCCUGGGCUGUUGACCGGCUCAGGGACCGACGGCCUGGUGCCCCCAUGGUUCACAGAACAUGACGUGCAGAUCCUCCGGCUGUUGGCCCAGGGGCAGGUGGUGGGCAAAGCCAGGGUCCCCGGCCACGGGCAGGUGCUGCAGGUCGGCUUCUCUGCUGAGGGUGCCCUUCCGGACGCGUCUCCUGGGCUCAGCGGACUCUGCUCCCAGGGACUCUGCGGCCUGAUCAAGAGGCCCGGGGACCUGUCCGAGGUCCUGUCCUUCCACGUGGACCGCGUGCUGGGGCUGCACCGGAGCCUGCCGGCGGUGGCCCGGCGCUUCCACAGCCCCCUGCUGCCCUACCGCUACACGGACGGUGGCGCCAGGCCCGUCAUCUGGUGGGCACCUGACGUGCAGCACCUGGGUGACCCUGACAACGACCAGAACUCUCUGGCCCUGGGCUGGCUGCAGUACCAGGCCCUGCUGGCACGUGGCUGCAGCGAGCCAGACCAGGCGCCCUGCCUGGGCAUCCACCAUGCUGAGUGGGCACGCCUGGCUCUCUUCGACUUCCUGCUCCAGGUCCAUGACCGCCUGGAUCGCUACUGCUGUGGCUUUGAGCCUGAGCCCUCAGAGCCCUGUGUGGAAGAGGGGCUCCGGGAGAAAUGCACAAACCCGGGCGAGCUGCGGCUGGUCCACAUCCUGGUCCGGAGCAGCGAUCCAUCUCGUCUGGUCUACAUCGAUAACGCCGCCCACCUCCAGCACCCUGAGGACAGGCUGAACUUCCGGCUGCUGGAGGGCAUAGAUGGGUUCCCCGAGUCCGUCGUGAAGGUGCUCCGGUCAGGGUGUCUACAGAAUAUGCUGCUCAAGUCGCUGCAGGUGGACCCGGUGUUCUGGGAAAGCCACGGCGGGCGGCGGGGCCUGCGGCAGGUUCUCCAGACCCUGGAGCGGCGAGGACAGGUCCUUCUGGGACACAUCCGGGAGCACAACCUGACAGUCUUCAGGGACGAGGACCCGUGAACCCCACGCUGCCCGGUGGGGGCUCUCGCCUCGCUGGUGGGGGGCUCACAGCGGGACCUGAUUGGUCGAGCACCUGUGCUGAUGGCCACACGUCCUUGGGCCCGCCCACCUUGAAGACAAAUGGAAAGAGCCAGAGCCAGAAGGGCAGCACGGAUGCCACGGGCCAUGCCACCUGCUUGGAAGCGGUAGGGGUGUUGGGUUUUCAAUCUCACUGCAUUCUCUUCUGCCUGCUCAGCAAUGGUUAUGUACUUCCUUGCACCAAUAAAGACAUUCAAGAAUGUUCUAUGAACUGUUCCAUAUGCUGUCAAAUGAUGCAUCCCACAUGCAUAUGCAGAGCUGGACAAGUGUGUGUCUGUAUGAAUGUAUGAGUGUGUGUAGAUGUGUGUAAGUAUAUGUGGCAUGUGUACAUGUCUGCACACAUAUAUGAGAUAAAAGGUCUUCAUGGAAUUAUACUCAUUGCUUGGAACUGCUUGGGCUGAAAGUCAACUCAGGUCUAAGAAAUGAAACACUAAGCCCUGGCUGGUUUGGCUCAGUGGAUAGAGUGUUGGCCUGUG